CUUGAACUUGAAUUGGUUUCUGUUAUCCUUCACACCCUGCUACCUACCUCCCGACGUCCCAAACAUUCUUCCUACGGUAUUGGACGGCGUCCAGCCAAUCGGUGAGUAAGUUAACUGCGUCUAAUGAAUCGGUACAAGGAAUUGGUCGCACCUUCUACGAUCCCAUCGCUGCAGAGGCGGACCUGCCAACGCACUGCAUCACAAGUCAUGUAAGAAGUUGGGUUGACUGAUUGCAUACAAACACGACAUGCCUCACUUACCUACUCUCUAAUCAUCGUUCAUGAUCGAAUCGACCCCCAGCGUUUCUACCAUUCUCAACGUUAUCCACAAAUUGACUUUCCCUCCUUCUCCGAAUCCUCCUCAAAAAUGGCCACGUAUACCGUCUACAUUGUCUCUUACACAUCAAUACCAAUAUUUCAUGAAGGAAUCUAUAUCGAGGAGAAAGCGGGUAAAGGAUGGCUGUACCACAUCAUCGGGGGACACGGCCCAGGGUGGCAGUACGAAAUGAAGCAACGCAACAACAUUGAGAAUUCCAAGCAAUACCAUGACAAGUAUGUGCAGGGCAAGAUCGCUCAAACCGACUUUCAAAAGGUGGACCAAGUCUGUCGAACCAUUCGCAUGCCACAGAAUGAAUACCGUGCGGGUGUCAGCUUUCAAAGAGACUGUCGGCAUUGGGUUCGGGAAGCCCUUACCGAACUGGAGAACCGAGGAUACUUCCGUCGUGAACGCUAAGAGUGAUCCUGCGAAGGAAAAAAGCCUUGGAUGGCGUUUUCCACCAUUGAACUCUAUCCAAUCUCUUGAGCCACCAUAGCGUACCAUGCGUAUUCGUUUGGAAACGUCUCCAGGAACUGAGGGAUCCAUCGAUACCAGUCGUCCUCGAACCAUGCAGCGAAUAUGGUCGACGCGUAUUCCCAGUAGGUCGGGUACCAGCCCGCAACCUCCCAGUCCAGAAUGACCACUUGGGUUUCGUCCCCCCUGCGGAUCAUAAUGUUUUUCUUUUGAAUAUCCCCAUGUGUCAGGACUGGUUGGUGGCCGACCAAGACCUCCGGGAAAACAAGGUUAUAAAACUCCGCCUUGUGCUUCAAUGCCUCCGAUGUGCGACAUUUCCUGACUAUUGCAGCAUUCAGAUCCGCUUCCGUGUCAAACGGGCCGUUGCAGUCUUGUUCGGGAGUCCAAAAGAUGUCGUCAAGAAGAGGUUUUUGGUCGAGACCACAAUAGCCCCCGGGCG